ACGCGUGGGACGAUGUGCCAGAACAGGCUGCGGAUUGGAUAAACAUCCCGCCUAUCAACUGUAGGAGGACUGUAUCCUGACUGCACCCGUAGCGAUUCUGCUGAAAUCGGACAAGCGACUCGCCCUAAAACGGAACAUCUCUUCUUUCUUUUUAUCUGGUAUCAUGCGAAACCUGUCCAAUCUGCUGAAAACCUGUCAGGAGGAAACGUCAACGAUUUACUGCUGAAUCGUUGGACACUCAUUACUUUACAGAUUCUAGAGCUCUCUACCUGUCCACCCUCAUUUCACCAUGGCGACAGUAGUCAUGGAGCAGAUCGGUCGUCUGUUCAUCAAUGCACAGCAACUCCGGCAGAUCCCUCAGUUCCUUGAGUCGGCCUUCCCCACGUUGCCAUGCACCGUGACACUGAAUGACGUGCCCUGGGUGUUCCGCGAGCCAGACAUCCUCACCGGCUACCGGCUGCCCGACCAGAGCUGGCGCUACUACUUCCUGUCGCUGUUCCAGCGGCACAACGAGACGGUGAAUGUGUGGACGCACCUAUUGGCCGCCCUGGUCAUCAUGGUCAAGUUCCAAGAGAUGUCUGAGACGGUGGACUUCCUGCGGGACCCCCACGCGCUGCCGAUGUUCAUUGUGCUGCUGGCUGCCUUCAUCUACCUGGCUUUCAGCGCGCUGGCCCACCUGCUUUCUGCCAAGUCCGAGCUCUCGCACUACACCUUCUACUUCCUCGACUACGUUGGCGUGGCCACCUACCAGUACGGAAGCGCGCUCGUGCACUUCUACUAUGUCAUCGAGGAAGCGUGGCAUGAACGGGUUCGCGGCCUCUUCCUGCCCGCUGCCGCCUUCCUGGCGUGGCUGUCGUGCGCUGGCUGCUGCUAUGGCAAGUACGCUAGCCCGCGGCUGCCAAAGUUCGCCCACAAGCUGUUCCAGGUGGUGCCCUCGGGGCUGGCCUACUGCCUGGACAUCAGCCCCGUUUUCCACCGCAUCUACAGCUGCCACAAGCAGGGCUGCUCCGACCGGGCCGUCUCCUACCACUGCUACCAGGUGGCUUUCUUCCUGGUGAGUGCCUACUUCUUCUCGUACCCGCACCCUGAGCAUUGGCUGCGGGGCCACUGUGACUUCAUCGGCCAGGGCCACCAGAUCUUCCACGUGUGCCUGGUGCUCUGCACACUGGUGCAGCUUGAGGCCGUUCGGCUGGACUUCGUUGAGCGCCGGCCCUUGUACGAGCGUCUCCACGGCAACGUGGCACAUGGCGACGUGGCACAUGACGCCGUGGCGCUGUUCAUCUUCAUGGCGUGCUGCAGUGCGCUUACCGCCUUUUAUGUGCGGAAACGAGUACGUGCACAGCUACAGGAGAAGGAAGACUAAGGCAGGGUGGAGGGACAACACUGGAGGGACAACAAUAUUGCCCUUAUGGUUAAUAACAUAGAAAACAAAACAAACUUGAAAAUGGUGGCAUUUCUGUUCUAAAGUACUAACUUUUUUGUGAAUUUUGUUGUUUCAUAAUUUAGUUUGGUUAUGUUCUGUGGCUUGCCAAAAAUGCAUCUUGAUUCAGCUGCUGUAUGUUGUGUCUGAGCUAACUUUUUAUGGUUUUAACUAGAUGGAUGUCAAACAAGAGUUAUCUAAUAAUACACCAUACGUUCCUGUAUAUUGACCAAAUAUCUGUUUGUCGAUCGUAAUAUCCCAUUUAUAACACCAUGAAUAAGAUGUCCAGCCCAAGCAGUGCUACCUGUGUCGUAACUCUGUAUGUUUCCCUCUGUAAAGAUACUCAACAGGUGUUGUGGUUGUGGUGUAGCUGAACCUUGAGAGUCUAAUGGCUCGAGUCAUGCUUGUAUCAUGAUGUCCUUGGUAGACUUGCAGUCUCUGAGAGUUUGUAUGCUUACACUGCCGUUAAUGGUCUCCAUUACUGGCAGGUUUUUGCAAUCUAUCAGACUGCAGCUGUCCGAGAUCUACUAAUAGGUAUUCAACUGGCCAUGUUGACACAGGCAGUCACCAUCAUGUAGCACCUGACAAACAGGCUUUUCCCAGUACAUUUUGAAUCAGAAACUUAGAAUUGAGUUAUUGCUUUCUGUUUGCUGUGUAUGCCUUGGUUGUGCCAAAUUACUUUUUGACCAUUCUUGCUUGGAGUGCAUGAUUUUGUUACAUCAAUAAUACUACUGUUAUUUUCUUUAGUACAUUUACCUCAUAUACAGUACAUUCAGAAAGUAUUCAGACCCCUUCACUUUUGACACUUUUGGUAUGUUGCAUCCUUAUGCUAAGAUCAUUUAAAUUUAUAUUUUCCCUCAUCAGCCUACACUCUACCUCAUAAUGGCAAAGCGGAAACAGGAUUUUAGAAAAAAUUAUUAAAAAGGAAAAAACGAAUCAUCAACUUGACAUAAGUAUUCAGACCCUUUGCUAUGACCAGGGCGGGAAUUUCCCCAACUCCACGACAGCUCAUCUUUCUGGCCUUGAUGCCCUUGUAAAUAUAGCAUGUUCAUUGGCCCUGUGGCCUUGAUGUCCUGCAUGGUCUGCAUUCAUUUUGUAAUUAUAUUUUUCCCCUGAGAAAUCAAUAUACCAAUAAUGUUGGCAACAAUGUCAAUGUAAAUUUUUCCGUUCUUUGAUGCGCUAUAAUUUACUGGAAUAUAAAAAGACAGAAGGCAAAUGCUGCUGGCAGUCCUGGUGUUGAUAGCUAGUUAUGUAAACAACGUUAUCUAAGGUUUUUGUUAAUGAAAUCACGUUUGUUAAUUCCAGAGUUAUCAAUUGUAGAAAAAAAAUCCUGCCACUUGAAAUUUAGCCUCAGAUGCCUCCCAUUUCUCUUGAUAAUCUUUUAGAUGUUUCUACACCUUGAUCUGAGUCCACCUGUGGUAAAUUCAACUGGUUGGACAUGAUUUGGAAAGGCCCACACCUACUUAUAUAAGGUUUCACAGCUAACAAUGCAUGUCAGAGCAAAAACAAAACCAUGAGAUUAAGGGAACUGCCUGCAACACUCAGAGACAGGAUUGUGUCUUGGGAAGGCAACAAAAAAAUGUCUGCUGCAUUGAAGGUUCCCAAGUGCACAGUGUUCUCCAUAAUUCUUAAAUGGGAGAAGUUUGGAACAACCAGAGGUGUUGUACCUAGAGGAAACCAGGCACAGCUCAUCCCCUGCCCAAUACCAUCAGUGGUGGUGGCAGCAUCAUGCCCUUGUGGUGUCGGUCAGCCGCAGGGACUGGGAAACUGGUCAAGGAUGAGGGGAAGCUGAACAGAGCAAAGUAUAGAGAUAGCCUUAAUGAAAACCUGGUCCAGAGUGCUCAGAAUCUCAGACUGGGCCAGAAGUUUACCUUCCAACAGGACAAUGACCCUUAGCACACAGCCAAGACAGCGCAUGAGUGGCUUAGGGGGCAACUCUGUGAAUGUCCUUGAGUGGCCCAGCCAGAGCCCUGACUUAAACCUAAUCGAACAUCACUGCUGAGGUGACAGCCCCUCUGACAGUCCCUAUCAUAACCAGACAGAACUUGAGAGGAUAGACAGAGAAGAAUAGCAGAAAAUCCCAAAUCCAGGUGUGCAAAGCUUGUCACGUCACACCCAAGAAGACUUGAGGCUGUCAGCGCUGCCAAAGGUGCUUCGACUCAGUACUGAGUACAGGGUCUGAAUACUUAUGUCAAUGUGAUAUUUAAGUUUUUCCUUUUCAAAAAAUUUGCAAUAAUUUCUUACAAAAAAGAGCUUUGUCAUUAUGGGAUAGUGAGUGUAGAUUGAUGAGGGAUUUUAGCAUUAAACAGUGAAGGGGUCUGAAUGCACUGUACAUAUUGAUUGUUAUAUCAAAUAUUAUAUUUGUACACAAAAUCUAUGCUACUUGUUACAUAAUUUUACCCAAAAACAGAGAUGAUGAUAUAUGAUGAGGUCAUUUUACCCCACAGGCUUAAGUUGCUUCAUAAAAACAACACACACACAAGUUCUAAACUAUUGUUGGGCGUUUGUUUGGAUGGUCUCGGUUUGAGAGGUUUUGUGACAUACGCUCAUGCCCCUCCAUUACUGUAAUGCCCCUCUCAAACAGUAGGCUGUCCCCAAAGGGCUACAGCUUCUGGCGUCUGCCGCCUUGUGUUCCUUGAUGUCAACGCCUCUGUGUGUUUCACCGACGUCUGUGGAGUUGUCUAGUACUGCUACUCACACCGAGUCUGUUUGAGCAUGGUGACGUUUCAUGUGAUUGCCUCUGCCUGGGCACAUGCAUGUGGUGGUGUGUUUAUACUUCAUGUAUGUGUGUAUGUUUAUGUAUGAAUGUUUUGAGUGUGCUAUGGUUAUUAUUAUUAUUCUUGUGACAUUUUUGGUAAAUGUCUUAUUUUUUAUCACGUGAGCAAAAAAAAAGCUCACAAGUACAUGGAAAAGGCGAGUUCCUCUGACUGUGUAGUUGCCUUUUUAACCUGUGUUCUCUGAGAGCUGGUUCAUUUCAUUUACCACGUGUUUAAUGGGUAACAGCCUCUGGUUCAAAUUGAGCUAGGAGGUGCUCUGUCAGUAUGACGUUGAGUGGGUCCCUUCUCCUUCUGUGAUAGUCUGUGCUACUUUGUGUAUGUGGAUGAUGUUCAUUUUGGGGUUCCUUUUGAAGGGUCAUUUUUCUGCAGUGGGCAUAAACAUCCUCAGCUUCAAUGAACCACUGUUCUGUGAUGGUUUUAUGCAGCUUUGUGCAUAAUUGAGCCCAGGUUUAGGGUACCCACUAACAUGUCUUAUUAGCGAUGAAGAAGGGCUUGAUAGUUAGCGGAUGCAUUCUAGUCUGUUUGUUAGAACAGGGUGAGAUCCGUAUCUGUGAUAUGGACCCUAGGAGCACGCUGCUUUAAAGUUUGGUUUGUUAGCAUUGAGGGGUUGUAAAACUCCAUUGACGAGGCCAUUGACGCUCAAGCUGAUUGGCCGACAGACCGAUGAUGUCACUGACUUGACUAUGGUCCUGGGAUGGGAUGAAGUGAAAAACUGAAUGAUCUGCACUGAUGAUGUCACUGACUGAGGUUAUGUCACUAAAAUGAUGUCACUAAUUGUCUUGCAUUGAUAACAUUAUACAUGAGCAAGGGGUAAUGAUGUCACCAAUAACCGUGUUUAUUGGGGGGGGGGGAAUGUCAAUUGAACAAUGACAGAAUCUGCAUGGAUCAGACAGACUGGUUCUGUUCACAUGCUCUACCUGAGCUGAGGCAGGAUGGCCCCUGCUCCAGACUCCACUGUGUCAUCAUUGGGAAAACCUUUAAGAAAAUGUUUUAAUUAAUUUAGUUGAAUGUAACACCUGAUGGAAAUUGGUGUGGUCAAAACAUGAUUUUGGCAAUACCAAAUGUCUUGGGAGGGCUGUCACUGUGUUGUUAUAUUUUCUCCAAACAUUUAAUUUCAGCCACUAAUGCACCAAUACCGUAAUAUAGUAGCAACCACUUGAAACAUGCCAAACAAUUAUCGCUGUGAAAUGCAUUGUUGACUGGUUUGUUGUAAGUACCAGUGCUGUCUUUGUAUUGUAUUUCUACCAAGUGAAGUGUGUUGUGUGGAGAAGAGUGUGAGCUAGAGAUGCAUUUUGCUUAUCUCCUGCCCACGUCUGGAGUGUGUUGGGUCGGAGCAGUUCAAUGAGAAGAAUUUGCAUGAGAAGAAUAGAUGGCAAUGUCACGGAGGCAGAAAAGCAAAAAAAAAGAAAGUAAGAAAGAAAGAAAGAGAAAGACAAGUACCCAGUCUCCCACCAAAUCCCUCAAAGUAUUUUAACAGAUGUGUUUCGAAACUGCUCUCCGCUCUAACUAUUAGCACCUAGCAGCCACAUAAUCUGUUGACUGCAGGACUGGCCUGUGACAUCACAUAACACGACACACUGGUAUGCCAGCGGUCAGCCGUGGAACAUUAGCAGUGGCGUGUUACCUUCCAGCACUCCAUAACGCCACUGACCAGCUCACCGUACUCCUGCAGCAGAGUCCUUGAGGAGGGCAAAGGAUGCCUUUUGUCUACAGGAACAUAACAAAUAAGUUUGGACAUGUUGAUUUGUACUACUACCUAAAUAAAUAAACACACUGGUAUUCUGA